GCCGCCGCCGCCGCCAUGAAGCCCGGUCCGCCGCACCGCGCCGGGGCCGCCCACGGGGCUGGAGCUGGGGCCGGGGCCGCGGCCGGGCCAGGGGCCCGCGGGCUGCUCCUGCCGCCCCUGCUGCUGCUGCUGCUGGCGGGGCGCGCCGCGGGGGCUCAGCGCUGGCGCAGUGAGAACUUCGAGAGGCCCGUGGACCUCGAGGGCUCUGGGGACGAUGACUCCUUCCCCGAUGAUGAGCUGGAUGACCUCUACUCCGGGUCGGGCUCGGGCUACUUCGAGCAGGAGUCGGGCAUCGAGACAGCCAUGCGGUUCAGCCCAGAUGUGGCCCUGGCAGUGUCCACCACACCCGUGGUGCUGCCCACCAUGGACAUCCAGCCUGUGGGCACCCCGUUUGAAGAGCUCCCCUCUGAGCGCCCCACCCCAGGGCCAGCCACCAGCCCCCCAUUGGUGACAGAGGUCCCAGAAGAGCCCAGCCAGAGAGCCACCACCAUCUCCACUCCUACGGCAACCACUGCUGCCACAACCACAGGGACCCCAGCUGUGGCCACAGUGCCCGCCACAGUGGUCACCGCCGCCCCCAGCAUCCCUGCAGCACCUCCUUCCACGGCCACCACCUCUAUCGUAAGGACCACCGGCAUACGGAGGCUUCUGCCUCUUCCACUGACCACAGCAGCCACAGCCCGGGCCACCACCCCAGCGGUACCCUCACCUCCCACCACAGUGGCUGUCUUGGACACAGAGGCCCCAACACCCAGGCUGGUCAACACAGCUACCUCCAGACCAAGGACCCUUCCCAGGCCAGCUACCACCCAGGAGCCUGACAUCCCUGAGAAGAGCACCCUGCCCCUGGGGACCACUGCCCCUGGACCCACGGAGGUGGCUCAGACCCCAACUCCAGAGUUCUUCCUGACCACGAUCCGGGAUGAGCCAGAGGUGCCAGUGAGUGGGGGACCCAGUGGGGACUUUGAGCUGCCGGAGGAAGAGACCACACAGCCAGACACAGCCAAUGAGGUGGUGGCUGUGGGUGGGGCCGCGGCCAAGCCGUCACCUCCACCUGGGACGCUGCCCAAGGGUGCCCGCCCAGGCCCCGGCCUCCUGGACAAUGCCAUCGACUCGGGCAGCUCUGCAGCUCAGCUGCCGCAGAAGAGCAUCCUGGAGCGGAAGGAAGUGCUCGUAGCUGUGAUUGUGGGCGGGGUGGUGGGCGCCCUCUUUGCCGCCUUCCUGGUCACACUGCUCAUCUACCGCAUGAAGAAGAAGGACGAGGGCAGCUACACGCUGGAGGAGCCCAAACAGGCGAGCGUCACAUACCAGAAGCCCGACAAGCAAGAGGAGUUCUACGCCUAGCGGAGCCAGAGUGCCUCCCUGUAGCCUCAGCGCCACCCCUGCGCCCACUCCCUGGCCCAGAGCCACCAGUCCCACCCUGGGACUGGGCCUGGGAGACAGCCUGGCCCCAGUUCAUCUCUGCCACCCUCCCAAGGUCUGCCCAGACUGCCAGCUUCACACAGCUCUUCCCCAAGGGACAGGGGGCAUUGCCAUCUGCUCCAGACUGUGCCCUUAUGAGCUCAUCACUUGUCCGCCCCCACCAGCCUGGGGCUUUAGGACCUCAUGUCUGGUGGACAGGAGGAAGGAAACUCCUGAUUGGCUGGUGGAAGAAGGGGUGGGGCUUAAGCCCCAACCUGGCCCCAUGGGGCUGACUGAGGUUUCCUUUUGGGGGCAGAGAGGCACUCAGGCUGGUUUCCAGGACAAGCAUUUGGCAAACUCAGCCCUUGAAAUCAUUGAGACACUGCAACCUCUUGCUUCUCUCCCAGGCCCCCCUCCCUGCCUGGGUGAGACAGUACCCCUCACCACCAACCUGUAUUGUCCUGGCCUCUCUGGGGUUGUGGGGUCGUUUUCCCUCACCCUUGCCCGUUGCACAUGCACCCACAGGCUUCACCUCCUUCCCGGUCUGCCCCUGAGGAAUUGGCUUCCCGAGAGUGCUCUGGCAGCCACUGGUGAGGAGGGGCUGGGCUGCUUGGACCUCCUUCCGAGUGGACUCUGCACAGACACUAUCUCCCACAUGGUCACACGUAUUGUCACACACAGACAAAAGCACGCAGUGACAAAAUCAUAUGCCAUCUUGACCACCCAGCCAAUCCAGACAUGUCACAGACACACACGUUCUUCCAAAGAGGUUUAUUCAUUUCUUACGUGCCCCCAAAUGCUUAUGACAAUGCAAGUCACUAAUCAUCGUUACCCAGUGGUGACGGUGUGGCCUGCCUCCCUCUCUGCCACACUCCUCCCAACCCCCACCCACCCAUACACCUGACACCACACACGUUGCCUCCAGCUUUCAGGCUCACUGGGGAGGGUGCCAUUAGGCCAGAACAAUCAGCCCAUAUUGGGUCCCCUGAGGUGCCCUGUCACACUCAGCCCUCACGACACCCUCACCAACCACAUUGCCACCGACCCUGGCAAGUCUGAUGCAAUCCCACGUGGAUGCACAGUCUCACCCACACAGCCCCACUCUCACACUUGGACACUUGCCUUUCCUGGAAUGAAGUGCGGUGUGGGGGCCAUUGCCACAAGCCCCCUCAGGACGUUGCACACCUGCUGAGCCUGGCUUCACCCUGCCUGCUUCCCUCCCCUCUGUAGCCUGCAAAGGGCUUGCUUGGGGGCAAGUCCCCCACUUGCUGAGGAAGGCAGACUGGUUCCCGGAAUUCAGCCUUGGGCUGGGGAGGGGGCUUGGGUCCCCCAGGACCGAAGGCCCCGGUUCGGGAGGGAGCAUGUGGUGGGGCUCCUGGGCUCCCUACAUCCCCCUCCUGCUCUGAGCUGGGGUCUGACUCUGCCUCCCAGGACACAAGUCUCCAAAGUGCCUGCGAGGGUGGGCCCUGCGCCUGGGCCCUCUGCGCCCUCUCCCUUUGGCCUUGCCGGGUCCACCUCAGCCCCACCCCUGGGCCCCUGGGGGCCUCCCGUGGACACCUGCCCAUUCAUUUGGCCAGACAACCUGGCGGUUGUCCUGGCUGCAGCUGGAAGCAGCCCAUCCAGACGCACUGCCCCAGGCCGAGGGCUGCGGGCAGGCUGGAGCGGGGGUGUCACAGGCCCCAGCCCGCCUCCCCCGUCUCUUCUACCCUUGCAGAUGGGGCCUCUUGUGUAGAUACUUUAAAUGUGGGGUCACAAAUCUCCUAUGGGGGCUGUGCUUGGUGGGGCCUCUUGGAGCCAAGGGAUGUGGUCUGAGUUGUGAUGGUCUGGGCCUCACACCCCCACCCCUUGCCCACAACCCAGAUUCAAGUCAGGAGCCCGGGUUUUAUUUCUGUUUCCUUUUCAAGACUCGCUGGCAAUAGACUUGUGCAGGGUGAGGGCUGGGGGUGCCUGAGGCGGUGAGGGUGAGGUCCCGGGGAGCUUUGCAGCCUGUCUUUUCCACUGUCCUACUCCCAGGCUGGGGCUCCAUCUUUCAGACUCGCAGGCCCCCUUGGCAGGGCCUGGAGGCUGGUGAGGAACCUAGCUGGUCCCACUCUUUGAGGGGCAGGAGUAGGGGGAGGCCUCCUGGGCCCACGAUCUGUUGGAGGUGACCUGGCCUCAGUCACCCCUGGAGUGUAAGGGCUGGGGGACAGGAGAGACCAAAGUCCCAGCCUCCCUCUACCCUGCUUCCUGGCGGGCUGCUGUCUUGGGGCAGCAGCUCUGGUGAGAAGGCCUGGGCAGGCCAAGGCUGAGAAGCCAGGGAGCAAGGAGAGGGGAUCUGGACCACCCAGGGGAGCUCUGGGAUGCUGGGUCUGGGGUAAGAGACCCAGCAGUGGGCACAGCCUCGGCAUGGGGCUGGAGCCCGUGGUGGGUGCAGGGUCGAGCACAGGAUGGCUGAGCAGGGCGUAGGCUGGCUGGAGUGGGCUCAGAGGGGCUGCAUGGGUCCAGCCUGGCCCCAGCAGGCCUAACUCCUCAUGCUCUGUGGGCUGGCUUCUAACUUGGGGCCUCCUGGCACCGGCCUUUUCUCUGUGUCCUUAGCAUUUGCGAGAAGAGGCCGAGGGCCUCGUUCAUGGAGCCCUGGAACCAAGAAAAAUGUCCAGGCUUUACCUUCAUGAAGUUUCAGACCAUCCGAUCAGCCCAAAUCCAUCCCUGCCAGCCCAAGUCCAGCGCAGCGAUCCCAGAGUGUGCGGUACAAAGGGCAAGCUGGAGCUCUCCUAUGUGCAGCGUGAGUGCAGGCCUCACCCUGCCUGGAUACAUGGUGUGAUGCGUGCAGGCCCUGCCCAAAUAUGUCCCCAGCCACCCCGGUGCUCCUGGGGAGGGCGUCCUGCAGGGCCCUGGCAUUGCCGGGAAACGUGGCCGGUUCCAAAGGAAGAGGGAGCGUGUGUGCUUGACAGCCUCCCUGGGGCCUCAGCUGCCAGAGAGUGCAAGGCGGGCUGGGGCCACCCCUCAGCUGUGACUCCUAGAGCCCAAGCUCUGUCUCCCCAGGGGGCCAGAGGGAUGCCUCCCCUGAAGGGUUGGUCCCCUUGUUCGGAAGCAGAUGGGUGGUCACCGGGUCUGGGUCGGGCAGGUCAGCCCCUCCUGGGGUUGGCAAAGCCAUCUGUCCAGGCUUCCAAGCUGGGGCCUUGGGCACAGGGAGCAGACACACCUCUGCCUCAUGGGACAGGAGUGGGCACUGCCUACUUGGCGCUCCUGAAUUUCUUCUCCUGACAGCCACCACCCUGGACUUGCUUCCCCAGGCCUCCUGCCUGUAAAUAGAAGCCCACAGACUGUGUACAGAUUUACAGAGACGCCGAGGCUGGGCCCCAGAGUUGCCAUCUAAGGGCUGAUGGCCCCAGCAUCCCCCGGGUGCCCACCAGGCAACUCAGCGCACCAGCCCCAGCGUGGCGAAUGCAUGUAAAUAUUUUUCGUAGGCAGCAGUGUGGCUCCAGAGAGCCCCCUGAAGACAGUGUCCCUCCUGUGCGUCCUUUCUCCUAUACAGAUCCCUCCAAGAACCCGGCCUGGGGUGGGGGGAGUUUGUCCUUCCCUCCCCCAGGCCUUCCCUGCCCCUUCUCUCCCUCAUAACCUGUUUAUUAACCAUACCUGUCCUGAGUUCAUGGCCAAAACUUUAAAUAUGAAAAAGCGGUGGAAAAAGAAACCAAGGCACCUGCCCCACUGUGGGUGCUCACCUGUCCCAGCCUUGUGAAGGAACUGUGGUUUUUUUGUUUUGUUUUUUUAACACUUCCUGUGCUGUGCCCAUUUAUAAGAGGAAAUAAAAUUAAACCGAAAUGA